GCCAAUCAUUCCCCGUGACCGCCCUCUCAUAAUGCAGCAUGGGCGAAAAAUACCAGACCGAGACGAAAAACUGAGGAGCGGUCGGCUCUAUCGUCAAGGCUUUUGAGGGAUACCAAGUGAUGUUUCAACAAUGCCGAUUGUGGAUAAACUCAAGGAGGCGCUAAAACCCGGUCGAAAGGAGUCCGGCGAUGACGGCGACCUCAACAAACUGCUGGCCUCUUCCGCCAAGAAGGUGCUCCUGCAAAAGAUCGAGUUUGAGCCCGCCACCAAAGGUUUCUCGUACCAGCUGGACAGUCUGAGGAACAAGUAUGUGAUCCUCAACCCCAAAAACGAGGGCGCCACUGUGCAGAAAGCGGCAGAGCCCCCCCAAAUAAAGAGACAAGUUUCAGAGAACCUGGUCGGGGGCCAAGGUGAUGGAAUCCCCGCUCCACAGAAAAUGCUCUUCCCGGCCAAUAAGCUGACCCUGAAAUGGGAGCGGGUGUACCGGGUAGGGGCCGGCCUCCAUAACCUGGGCAACACCUGCUUCCUCAACUCCACCGUGCAGUGUCUCACCUACACGCCGCCGCUCGCCAACUACCUGCUCUCCAAGGAGCACAGCCGCGUCUGCCACCCGUCAGGCUUUUGCAUGAUCUGCGUCAUGCAGAACCACAUCAUCCAGACGUUUGCUAACACCGGCAACGCCAUCAAGCCAGUGUCCUUCAUCAGAGACCUGAAAAAAAUUGCCCGACAUUUCCGCUUCGGCAGCCAGGAGGAUGCUCACGAGUUCCUGCGGUACACCAUCGACGCCAUGCAGAAAGCCUGUCUUAACGGCUACCCAAAGCUUGACAGGCAGACGCAGGCCACGACGCUGGUUCAUCAAAUAUUUGGAGGCUAUCUGCGAUCGAGAGUGAAAUGUUCCAUUUGCAAAAGUGUGUCGGACACAUACGACCCUUACUUGGACAUCGCUGUGGAGAUACGGCAAGCGGUAAACAUUGUGCGAGCCUUGGAGCUCUUUGUGAAACCCGACGUUUUAAGCGGAGAGAAUGCCUACAUGUGUGCCAAGUGCAAAAAGAAAGUGCCGGCAACCAAGCGCUUCACUGUCCAUCGAACAUCGAAUGUACUGACGCUUUCACUGAAGCGGUUUGCUAACUUCAGUGGAGGGAAAAUAACAAAGGAUGUUGGAUAUCCAGAAUUCCUCAACAUCCGCCCCUACAUGUCUCAGAGCUCAGGUGAUCCUGUCAUGUACGGCCUCUACGCUGUUCUGGUUCACUCCGGCUACAGCUGCCACGCUGGCCACUACUACUGCUAUGUCAAGGCAAGCAACGGGCAAUGGUACCAAAUGAACGACUCCAUGGUACACUCCAGUAACAUUAAAGUGGUGUUGAACCAGCAGGCUUAUGUGCUUUUCUACCUGAGGAUCCCUGAAAGUAAGAAGAAUUCAGAUGGACAAACUGGCAAACAGGGGAUGUUGCAUUCUGGGAAAAACAGCGCUUCAUCGGAACAAAUAAAGCGGGUUAAUUUGAAUGGACCUCUCUCUUCCCCGCAGGUCACAAAGAAGCUUGAGCCAGCACAACUACGCAAGAUCCAGUCCAUGGACGGAGGUUUGGGCCUUCCGGUUGCUCGAAACGGCGUGAGCAACGCUCCACCACAGCAGCAGCCUCGUCUCUCCAGCUGGACGUCAUCCUCCAACGGCGCAAAGCUGCCAAGCGGGCCUACGGUUAUCGAGGAACCUUUCAAGAAGGUGAAGAAGCCCUCUCCUCAGACCCAAGCGCAGUCUCGCUGCAGCACGCCGACCCCUUCCAACAAUGGCGUGGGCAGGACGGAUUCCGACAAAAAGCAAAAUGGCGACGGCAGGGGUCUCACAGCGUCUACCUCAUUUAAGUCUCUGUCGGACUCCUCCUCUGCGGACACCACCGAGUCAAAGGACAUUGCGGGUCCAAAGAGUGCGCCAGCGGGAGACGCCCCCUCCACUCCCCGCAAAGCUUCCAGCAGCGUAGCGUCCCCCGCCAAGAGCAUGGUGGAGCGCUCUCAUAGCGCGGAGGAGCAGAGGACGGUAAAAGUGAAACCCCCGGCCCUCAACAACAUCACAUCGGAAGCCACCAGCAGCACUAUGUCGCCACCACCUGCCAAAAAGCUGGCGCUGUCGGCCAAGAAGGCUCUCAGUCGGAGUCCGAGCAGCAUUGAUGCUCCGCCCCCGUCGCCACGACAGCUGUCCGGAGUCCCCACUCAUCAAACUCACACUAACCACCUCGCCGCCGCUCCGCCCACUCACGCUCACAGAGUGGCUUCAUCCCAUUCCUCAAAGAUCCACUCGGCCCACUUUAAACAGCACAGCCCACAGAAAGACACAGAAAACGCCAGCCUUUGUCUCAACGGGUUUCACAGUCCCGCCCAAAAGAGCCCCAAGUCUUUACACAGCCUCGGAGCUGAGCCCCCAAAAUCAAACACCCCCCUGACCCACAAUCAGAAGAAGAAAAAGAAAAAGAAGCGGCGCCACUCUGAGGUGGGCGUCGACGCUGUGGACGACACCACCCCGACUUCAGCGGCCCGGUCCGACGCAGCUGUACCUGCCGACGAAAAAAAAGCAAAGAAGAAAAAGCGAAAGAGGGAGCACGAAGAAGAAGGAGGAGCCAAGACUUCACAGAGAGAAUGUGUGACUUCUCAUCUACAGCCGUCAAAACAGCAACAGCAACAGGAAGAGGAAGAGGAUUGGUGUCAGGGCGGCGUGUGGAGCCUCUCCACCAAUCACGAAGCCCGGGGGCCACAACAGAAGCGAGAUUCAAAGGCCGCAUCACAGACGACGUGCCAGAAUAAUCCAAAAGAUGAAGGGAUGGAAUCUGUGUCCAUGAAGAAAAAGAAGAAGAGGAAAAGGAAAAAGGUGACGGCGGAGGCUUUGCAGGAGACAUCAGGUGUUGCAUCACAAAGCGGUUGCAAGUCCGAGGCAGUCGUCGAUCUAAAAGUAGCCGAUGAGUCGAUGGUGCUGAAAAAGAAAAUAAAGAAGCAGAAGAGGCUAAACGGUGACAGUCAGCCCAACGGUGAGCUUGACGCUGAGGAACCGCCCCCCAAAAGGAAUCCAGCAGACGGCGAAAAGUUACACAAGCCAAGCACGGCAAAAGUGGUAGUUUGGGACAGUCAGGUACAGGACGGCUACAAGCGCUGUCAGGCGCCAGCGGCCGACACGUCGGAUCGAACGGCGCCUCGUGCCGCCUGCGCCUCCUGGGACGGCAAAAAGACAAGCGACGUGGUGGCCGAGCUGCUCAGGAACGCCUCAGACAAGGCCUACGGCGCCAGCGUCCUCAGCUGGGAUGGUGAGCUCUCCGCCGUCAGUCGAGAUGCCAUUGACGACGUGCGCCACGCCAGAUGUGACACCGUCAUCGAUGAGUGGGAUGAAGACUUUGACAGCGGGAAGGUGAAGAAAGUGAAAAGCUUGAAAAAAGAGAAGUGGCGAGGCGGUACCAGCAUCUUCCAGAAGAUCCAGGAUCGGCGCAACAAGUGGUCGGUGACCCUAGCGGGAAAGAGAGUUUUCGGAGCGCGUCGCUAAGAGUCCUGUUUGCCUAAUCAAGGUCGUGCAAGACUGCGAACUGGAGACAACACUUAAACCUCUUUUCAUUCUUGUUUUUAUUCUUGUUUUCACGUUUCCUGAAUAAUGAGCCAAUAGCAAAUAACCGGACUGUUUUAGGUUCUAUUUCCUCUUUCAGGCUUAAGGGAAAUUGGCCACUUUUUUUUUUUUUUUUUUUUUUUUUUUUUUUUUUUUUUUUUUUAACCACCUCUGUGCCACUAGAUUACUCUUUAAGUCUUGGAAUUAUAAAGUCAAAUAUCAAAUUCUAUGUAUGUGGCCUUGGCUUGGAAUGUUAUUUCUCAACAACAAAUCUCAUUUUUUAAAAUUUCUUUUAUUUUCAGAUUUUUAUACCUUUUUAUCUGCAAUUUUUUUAUGUUGCAGUGCCAAGUGGCUCAAUUUUAAGGACCAAUUUUUCUUUUACCACCAUUAUUUAAUUUGUUUGCUCUUUUUUUUGUGGUAGGUAUCUAAUUUAAAACUGCUUUUUGAGGGGAAUCAUCCUCAAUUCUUCUGUGUUCCAGAGAUAGAAACAGCUAGCAUGAGGGUGCUAAUAAUGCCCUUAUGGGUCACAUAAAAACCUCCAACGAUUUCGUCAUUUAUAUCCAUGCAGUAACAGAUGAUAUCAUGUAAUACUUUUAUUUUAUUUUAGUAUUAGAAUUAGCAGUAUUUUGGUCAUUUUAAACAUUACCUUUCCUGUGCUCAUUGAUUUUCACAGAGCCCAUAGCAUUGAACGUGAACUUGGGUCAACAGCAGCAUAGAAAGCAUGUGUGAGUUUUCCUACUAGUAGUCAUGGCAGACUUCCUGAAAGCCACCACCACCAUCGCCGCCACCGACUGCUCCUAGACUAAUGAGGACCCAGGAGUUUUUUUGAUCCUGGAUAUAAGGAGGACGGGCUACAGGCUUUAGGAGCUUACUGCUGUCCAUGGAGUAAGUCACCAUGAUAUUGAUUCCACGACACAGUCCAUGUAACCGUGUGCAAAGAAAUACUUUAGAUCAUUUGGUUGUCUAUUUGUCGUUCUCAUUUCCCAGUUAGCAUAGAUAGCUGUUCGUAUAGCAUCGUUUUUUUUUUUUUACCAUUUCCUCUUGGUAGUGACAUGAGGCGCUGUGUAACUACUCCAGAAAAAUAGUUCUUCGCUGUUGACUCUUACAAUAACAAAUGUUGCCGUAGCUUGGUUAAUAUGCAGGUCACUUAUGUACAUGGACAAUUCUUGGCGUUUUCUAUAGUGUAAAUAAGUGAGCAUUGUUAGCUUCCUCAUGCUAGCUGCUUUUCCUGUCUUUGGACAACACAUAAAAGUGUGUUUAGGAUUGUGGAUCAAUGGGAAAAAUUAAAUUCCCCCCCUCGCGAAAAAGUGCAGUUCUCAGAAUUAUUGGUUCAUUCUGUUAAAAGGUCAAAGUUCACCAAUUAGGGGGGUUUAAGAGGCUUUAGAUAUGACCUUUCCUAACUUCACUACUCACUCUUCAAAGGUUCAGUUUGUUCCUGUUUCUUCUCCUUCUUCUACCGCUAUACAAUUUCUCUGCUGGUCCCCUCCAAAACUGGGCUGAGACUCAGGAAGCCGCACAUCCUCAUCAAUGCCAUCAUCACCAGACACCCCACCCACCCCCCCACCCCCUUACCAACCACGUCACAUCCUGUACAAACUUGGUUUAUUGGAUAUCAUCUGGCAUCAACAAAGUGUACAGUCCAUCCGACGCUGUAAAGAUUUGCCUGUGCAAUUCUUUCCAUUCUCUUAGAGACGUUGCCUUCAAUUGGCUGUAAAAAAAUAAAAAAUACAAAUAAAGUAGUGUUCUAUAAAUAUAUCAUUAAAAAAAACUAAAUGUGCUACUAUUACUCUGAUAAAUUGGUGGAUGUUUUUGUCUGUUUGCGUGGCACUGCAGACAGGAUGCGCUGUUCUAUCUCUCCCCCCCACCCAAAAAAAAAAAACUGACACAAAGGAGGAACAUUUACCAGGGUGAAUGGAUGCUCCUACAUAUGUUUGCACCGCCUUUUCUCACCAGGGUGGGACAGCUUUCAUAAUGAAAGUGGGUCCUACCGGCGCUGUAGUUGAAUAGAAAGGUGCAAUAAAGUUGUGACUUUUGUGAAGAGGAGCUUCUGUUGUUGUAUUUAUCACCGCAAGCAUCAUCUAAUAAUGAGCCCUUCAGGGUCAGAUUUAUUGGAUUAGUCGGCCCCUGCAGAUUCAUGAUGGUGGAUGUUUCCGUUUUGUGUGCUGCA